UCUAUCGUGCCAAUCACACAACUAAUCAAAACAUCUUUGAGAUUGAAAACAUCAACUAAGAAGAAAGAAAUACCACUUUCUUCCAGUGGAAAUUGCCUGAAAGGUGAAAAGGACACGCCAUUAUAGCAAACCGUUACAAAAGUGAUUGUUCAGAUGAAGAAAGAACACAUUUCAUUGACUGUUUAGAAGAGGACCUUGGCAUUUUGGAAGCAGUCAGCCCGGGGUGGCACCUUGGGGAGAAGAGAGGGAAACCCCGAGGACUAGAACGCGGGCCUACUACUGCUGCUGCUAGUUGCCAUCGUUAACUAGCAGCGCGUAGAAGAAAGGCGUAUUGCUGGUGUGCUACUCCUAGCUAGCCUACGGAUUUACGUCUUUUCCACAUAAUUUAGAGCUGCUGAUUGGAGAACGCCACAAGAUAAUUAUUCUCCAGUUAUUCGUUGUUUGGAUGCGUACAGAGCCCAGCAAAAACAAUAACAAAACGCUACAGAUAUGAUGGAGGAGCUGCAUAGUCUCGACCCCCGACGCCAAGGCCUCCUGGAAGCCCGCUUCACUGGACUAGGAGUCAACAAGGGUGCGGGGAAUGAGUCCUCCAAUCAAAGCUUGUGCAGCGUGGGCUCACUGAGUGACAAAGAGCUGGAGACUCCAGAGAAGAAGCCGGGUGAUCAGAGAGUCAGGAAGAGGAAAGGAGAACCGCACGAUGGAGGUAAAGGAAGAAGUACCAAGAUCAGCGACUACUUUGAGUUUUCUCCGGGGGUCUUGGGCUCCAGUCCUGCCCGCAGCCUCCCCCCUCUCCCCUCUCUGCUGCGCUCCUCUCCUCAACACUCACACUCUAACCCGCCCCUACCGGUCCAGCAGGGCAGUCCCUCCUCCACCAGCUCUCUCAGCACUGAGGCCACCAGCAGAGCACUGCACAAGGGCUGCCAGUCAGAGUUGACCUUGGAGAAGCUGACUGCUCUGGAGAGCAACAAGAGUUCUGACCUUGAAAAGAAGGAAGGACGCAUAGACGACCUGCUGAGGGCCAACUGUGAUGUCCGGCGUCAGAUUGACGAGCAGCAGAGGAUGCUGGAGCGCUAUAAGGAGAGACUGAACAAGUGUGUUAGCAUGAGCAAGACACUACUAGUGGAGAAGUGUAAGCAGGAGAAGACGUCGUGUCGUGAGAAGAGCAUGCAGGAUCGACUGCGUCUGGGUCACUUCACCACCGUGAGACACGGAGCCUCCUUUACAGAGCAGUGGAGCGACGGAUAUGCCUUCCAGAACCUCAUCAAGCAACAGGAGCGUAUAAACAGCGAGCGCGAGGAGAUGGAACGCCAGCGGAAACAGCUGGGCAAGAGGAAGCCGGCCGCCAUGAUGACAUCACAGACGCCACAGCCAAUCAGCACAGAGCCCAACAAGAGGAAGAGCAAGAGCAACGGCCUGGAGAACGAAACGUUGUCGUUGGCAGAGUAUCAUGAGCAGGAGGAGAUCUUCAAGCUGCGCCUCGGACAUCUGAAGAAGGAGGAGGCUGAGGUCCAGGCUGAGUUGGAGCGAUUGGAGCGCGUUCGGAAUCUCCACAUUCGAGAACUGAAGAGGAUACACAACGAAGACAACUCCCAGUUUAAAGACCACCCUACGCUAAAUGAGCGCUACCUCUUAUUACACCUGCUGGGACGCGGAGGAUUCAGCGAAGUUUACAAGGCCUUUGACCUGACUGAUCAGCGGUACGUUGCUGUGAAGAUCCACCAGCUGAACAAGAACUGGAGAGACGAGAAGAAGGAGAACUACCACAAGCAUGCGUGUCGAGAGUAUCGCAUCCACAAGGAGUUGGACCACCCCCGCAUCGUCAAGCUCUACGACUACUUCUCAUUGGACACAGACUCGUUCUGCACGGUUCUAGAGUUCUGCGAGGGGAACGAUCUGGAUUUCUACCUGAAGCAGAACAAGCUGAUGAGCGAGAAGGAGGCGCGCUCCAUAGUCAUGCAGAUCGCCAACGCCCUCAAGUACCUCAACGAGAUACGCCCCCCCAUCAUACACUACGACCUGAAACCAGGUAACAUUCUGCUGGUGAACGGGACUGCGUGUGGUGAGAUUAAGAUUACGGAUUUCGGGCUCUCUAAGAUCAUGGAUGACGACAGCUACGGAGUGGAUGGCAUGGAGCUGACAUCACAAGGAGCCGGCACCUACUGGUACCUCCCCCCAGAGUGCUUUGUGGUGGGUAAGGAGCCUCCUAAGAUCUCCAAUAAGGUGGACGUCUGGUCAGUAGGAGUCAUCUUCUACCAGAGUGUAUACGGACGCAAGCCGUUUGGCCAUAACCAGUCUCAGCAGGAUAUACUGCAGGAGAACACCAUCCUGAAGGCCACCGAGGUGCAGUUCCCCACCAAGCCAGCGGUGUCGCCAGAGGCCAAGGCCUUCAUCCGGCGGUGUCUGGCGUAUCGUAAGGAGGAGCGUAUCGACGUGCUGCAGCUCUCCAGCGACGCCUUCCUCCUCCCCCAAUACAAGAAGACCAUCAGCACCCCCCCACCAACACACACACACACACCACACACAUCAGCAGCCUACAGCAGCAGCGCAUCCAACUAGCACACACACACACACCAUCUGCACACCACCACCAACACACACACACACCACACACAUCAGCAGCCUACAACAGCAG